AUGAAUAUGCUGCAGGAUCCGACUACUCUCUCUAGAUUGCUGAGAAAUGAUGAUGCUAUAAGAUUUAUGCAACCAAUAAGAGGAACUCCUGCCUAUUGGUCAAGUGCUCAGAAAGAUCUUUUUGCUAUGCUGCGACAAUUAGGAAUCCCAACUUGGUUUUGUUCGUUUUCCGCAGCAGAGUACAGAUGGAAUGAUGCUGUUAAAGCUAUAUUACAGCAGCAGAAUGAUAACAGAAAUCCCGAUCAAAUGGAAAAAAAUGAAGUUCUAAGAUGCAAUCCAGUCACAGUGGCUAGAAUGUUUGAACAUAGAUUUCAAAUAUUUCAUAAGGAAGUCAUUCUUUCCCCAGCAAAGCCAAUAGGAAAAGUUGUAGACUUUUUUCAAAGAGUCGAGUUUCAGCAGAGGGGAUCUCCCCACAUGCAUUGUUUAUACUGGGUGGAAAAUGCACCUAAUAUUGAUUCUGAUGGGGAAGAGGUUGUAUAUGACUUCAUUGACAGAUAUGUAACAUGUGCUGUACCAUCAGAAAGUGAUGAUGCAGAAUUGAGAAAAAGUGUCUUAGAAGUACAACAACACAGCAAGAAACAUUCAAAAUCUUGUAAAAAGAAAGGUACAGAGUGUAGAUUUAAUUUCCCCAGGCCUCCAUCUCAAAAGACUUUCAUUACAAGAGCUCCAGAAGAAGAACAUUCACAGGAGUGUGAAAAAGAGACAGAAAUAAACAAAGCAUAUGCAAAGGAAAUAUUACUUGGUGUGUGGAAUAGAGUACAGAAUGAAGGUGAAGGAAUCAAAACAACAGAAGAAUUAUUUGAUGAUUUGUCACUUACUCAGGAACUGUACGAAGAUGCCUAUAACAUGUUAUCGACUAAAAGGUCAGUUGUACUCGAACGCUGCCCGAAUGAGGCGUGGACAAACCAAUAUAACCGUUGUCUGUUGAAGUCCUGGGAUGCUAAUAUGGACAUACAAUUUGUACUGGAUCCUUUCAGUUGUAUUGUUUAUAUUAUUUCCUAUAUAUCAAAGUCGGAAAGGGAAAUGGGUAUGUUACUCAAACAAACAAAGUUGGAGGCUGAGGAGGGAAAUUAUGAUGCAAGGCAGACCAUGAAGAAAAUUGGUUCAGCUUACUUGCAUCACAGAGAAGUAAGUGCACAAGAAGCAGUGUACAGAGUGUGUAACUUAAAGAUGAAAGAAUGCUCUAGAAAAGUUGUUUUUGUGCCUGUAGGUGACAACCCGGUACGCUUAAGUAAACCACUAUCUGUACUUAAGAAGAAAGCAUCAAAGGAUGCAGAGAUAACUGAUGUGGAAGAAGAUGACGAGGAUGAAGUUUGGAUGACAAAUAUUAUUGAGCGUUAUUUGAACCGACCGGAUAAAUCAAUUUUCCAUGAAAUGUGUCUUGCAGAAUUUUGUUCUGAGUUCAGAGUGCUUGCUAAAUCUCAAGUCCCUACAAAGGAAAAUCAAAGUGUAUUUGAGUUACAGAAUGGGAAAGGUUAUGUGCAGCGAAGAACAAGAACACAACCUGCUGUUGUGAGGUAUCCCAGGUUCAAUGUUGAGAAAAUGUCAGAAAAAUAUCAUCAAUCUCUCUUGCAACUUUUUCUUCCAUAUUGGACAGAGGCACAGUUGAAACCACCAGGAUUUGAUUUAUUUGAAGAUUUUUAUGAGACUGGUUAUGUGAAAAUUUCUGGCAGAAAGGUUAAGGAAUCUGUGAAGUCAAUUGUGGAUUUCAAUCGUUCACGUUAUGCAAAAAAUGAAGAUGUAAUUGACAAUGCUCAGGAGACAUAUGAGAUGAAUGGUGAACCAGAGGAUGCGUGGUCAAGAAUAUGCCCAGAAACAGAGGUUCUCAGAAGGGAAUGUUUAGCACAGAGAAAGGAAAGUACAUUGCCAGAUGAGGAAAAUACAGAUAUUAUACCGGAUAUCGAAAGGGAGACACAUAACGCUGAUGUCAUGUAUCAUGUUCAUCAAAAUGCAGUUUCAAGAGAGGAAAUGCAAUCUGUUCUUCAAAAUUUGAAUGAAACACAGAGUGAAAUAUUUUACUUGGUGCGCGAGUGGUGUUUAGGAAAGAUUGCUGGAGAAAAAUCUGAACCCUUACAUUUAUUUGUUACUGGAGGUGCAGGAACUGGUAAAAGUCAUCUCAUAAAAGCCAUUCAUUACGAAGCAUCACGUUUGCUUUCACGAAUAAUGUCUGAACCAGAUAGUGUAUCAGUGCUUCUCGCAGCGUUCACAGGAACAGCAGCUUUUAACAUCGGCGGCAAUACACUUCACCACCUAUUUUCAUUAACAAAGUACCUUCCUCUCCCGUAUGAACCACUUGGAGAACAAAGUCUCAGUGAAUUGAGAGUGAAGAUAGGGGAUCUCCAGAUUCUUAUCAUUGAUGAAAUAUCAAUGGUAUACAAAAGGCUUCUGUACUAUAUACAUGAAAGGCUGGUGCAGAUAAAGAAAUGCAAAGAACCAUUUGGAGGGGUUUGUGUUAUUGCUGUUGGAGACUUUUAUCAGCUUCCGCCUGUUAAGCAGCGAAAAGAUGAAAGACUUUACAAAGAAAAUAUGAGUUAUCCUCUGGACUACUGGCUUGAUUUAUUUAAGGUCAUUGAAUUAAAAGGGAUAAUGAGACAAAAAGAAGAUUUGUCUUUUGCUGAUGUUCUUAAUUCCUUUCGAGUAAGAGAGGGAGAUGAACCAUUAACACUGCAGCAAAGAACUAUGUUAGAGGACUGUGUCAGGGAAGGACCAGAAGAUGUUUUACAUGUGUUUUCUACCAACGAAGAGGUGAACACAUUCAAUUUGUCAAUGUUAAAGAAAUCUUGUGAAGAUUUACUGGAAAUUGAGGCCCAAGAUUACAAAAAGGACAAAACAUCUGGGAAACUGAUACUAAGAAAUAAACCUUUGACAAAAUCGAAAAGCGAUGGCCUUCCAAGUUCGUUAUUAUUGUCUGUCCAUGCAAGGGUAAUGCUCACAAGAAAUUGCAAUGUGGAGGAUGGACUUGUUAAUGGAGUAAUGGGGCAUAUCUGUCAGUUUUCUUUUGUUGAAAACAGUGAUAGAAUUGUUAGAGCUGUAGGUGUAGUUUUUGAUAAUAAGGAAGUUGGGAAGAAGUCUGGACAAAACACAAGGGAUGGGAACAUAGUGUUCAUAGAAAGAGUACAAGAAGAGCUGAAAGACAAGGUAACUACAGUGGUAAGGCACCAAUUUCCAAUUCGGUUAUCUUGGGCAUGCACGGCUCAUAAAGUACAAGGGAUGACAACAAAGAAAGCUGUAGUGAAUUUAGAUAAAGUAUUUGCCCCAGGCCAAGCAUAUGUUGCAUUGUCACGGGUUACUUCAAAGGCCGGCUUAUUUAUUGAUACAGAAGAUCUAUCUCGAUUACAGAAAAAUGUUUAUGCUGAUCCAGAGGUAAAGUCAGCAUUAAAUGAAAUGCCGAAAGUUACUUUUGGUGCCACUUCACGAGCUUUACUUUCCAGUGGAAAGAAAGUAGUUCUGCUUAACAUUCAGAGCUUGGGCAGUCAUUUUGAAGACCUACAAAAUGAUGCAAGGUUCAAACAGGCUGAUGUCAUAUGCUUAACAGAGACGUGGUUAAGAUCUGGGGAAAACACUGAGAAAUAUGCUCUGCAAGGGUUCCAGUUUCAACAUCUUCCUAGAAAGGAAGCAUAUGAAGAAAGUACUGUCUCAAAUCAGAGUUUACGCAUGUCAAAGGGUGGUGGUGUAGGACUGUAUUUUAAAGAUGGAAAGGAUUUUGAUAUUGUUGAAAUGCCCCAGAUGAAUAUUGAAGGAAUAGCAGUUAAAAUUAUCAAGGAGAAUAUUUUGUUGCUGUGUGUAUAUCGCCCAUGCAUGGAAAAAAUGGCAUCAUUCUUACACAAUCUUCAGAAUGUUCUUGACUACUUGAAAACAAAUGACCACGACAGUAUCAUCAUGGGUGAUUUCAAUGAGGAUGCAAAAUCUAAUGGUCCAGUUCAAAGGUUUAUGAGAGAUCAAAACUUCAGACAACUUGUAUCCUUUAGCACCACUGAAGGGGGAACAACACUGGAUCAUGUAUAUGUAUCCAAUUUAAGACGGAUUGAGGUUCAUCGAUUACCCACAUAUUACAGUUAUCAUGAUGCUAUACUUCUAAAAUUCUUAGAUUUGUAA